AUGAUCCAAUUUCCAAUCAUCUCGUUCGACUAUUUCCAGCCAAGUCCGGCCAAGAAAUUCAUCAGUUUAACAAAACACCCUGGAGUGCUUGGCGGGCAAGUCAACAUCUUCGACGAACUCAAGCCGAUCCACCCCGACGAGCUGAUGGGCGAAUGGGAUGGGUAUAUCCUGACCACGGGACACCCCUUCGAAGCCGAAUUGGAGACACUCAAUUGGUUCGGUAACACAUUUUAUUCUACGGACGACGUGGCUCCGCUGAUUGUUGCGCGGAAUGGUAAGCGGGUGUGCUUUGAGGACUGGGGGCGUGCAUCGUUACGUGAGAUCAAAUACCACGGCGUAGUUUCUGCGGCCCUGGUGUAUGAUGAGCGACCCACGAUAGUCUAUUAUCGAGCUGUGAAACAUAACAUGGUUGCCGGGUGUAUGGAAAGUAAGCAGUUCGAGGGCAGAGUCUAUUUCUAUCUCACGCGGUAG